AUGCCAGUUGCGCUCACUGCCAUUCCAGCCAACAUGAUCAGCCACGAGAUUUCUCUACCUCCCUUCCCAGAUGACGUGCCCACCGUACCAAUCGCGCGCAUUUCAUACGCAAAGCUCGCAUCAUCCGACAAAGAUGAGAUGGACAAGACAUUGAAAGCAGUCCAAACAGAUGGCUUUUUUUACCUAGACUUAAUGGAUCACUCUCUUGGGCGAGUGCUUCUUGAGGAGGCUGAAAAUGUUGUGAAUUUUUCCAAAGAAGCAUUUGAUUCGGAGCUUGACGAAAAAAUGCAAUUCCGUGCAGAGAAGGGCAAAUCAAUGUUUGGCUAUAAACCAGCAGGGACGGUCAAGAAAACAGAUAAAGAUCUGCGUCCUGACACUACCGAGUUCUUUAACAUAGCCAAGGACCAUUUGUUGGGCAACUCGGAGUCCAGAACCUAUCCUCCCCAGCUUAUGCAGCACAAGGAAGAGCUCCAAACCUUCACGAGAGAUUCGCAUGCUCUGGGUAUUCUUGUGCUUCAGGUCCUAGCUGAGCAGCUCGACCUUCCAUCCGAGGUGUUUGCUGACAAGAACAAGAUUGACUCUCUCUCUGGAGAUCAUAUCCGCGUUACCAAAAAGCCUCCCCAUGAUCCAUCACAGACCAAUGUGAUUGGUCUCCCCUCCCACACCGAUUUUGGCAGUGUCACCGUCUUGUUCAACUGGCUCGGCGGCCUCCAGAUUCAAAGCCACGAUCCAGAGCGUCAAGGGGAGUGGGCUUACGUCAAGCCUCUACCAGGUCACGCCAUCAUCAAUCUUGGUGAUGCCAUGGUCAAGUUCAGUAAUGGGCACUUGAAAUCAGCAAAGCACCGCGUCGUGCCAGCGCCUGGAGCCCAAGCUAAGGUGGACCGUUAUAGCUUGGUUUAUUUCCUUCGACCGGCUGAUGACGUGCUGAUGCAGCCUGUUGAAAAGUACCGCAACGAACCCGUCGUAUCUGUUGGUGGCAAGGUUGGCGAGGAGAAGGUCUAUACUGCUGGUGAAUGGAUGGUUCGCAGGAUGCAGCACAUGUCAAAGUGA